UGUCUGUUCUUAGAAAUACUCAUUUAAAUUUGUCGGCUUUCUUGUGUAGCCAAUUUCAAGACUGGAUGUUAAUUACUUUUUUGUGAUUUCCGUAGCCUGAUUUUAUAUAUGUACUCACUGAUUGACUAUUAUUGUUAUUUAUUUUUUUUGUGUUUUAUUAGCUUGGUAGGUGUCAUACAAAAUAGUAGAUUAAGGUAACUACAUCUUCUACAUGUAUGUAUGCAUAUACACUAAUUAGGUGAUUAACCUAAUUAAAGCAGGAUUGAAGAAAACCAAGCUAAUCGAUCAAAAUACCAGAAGAGACCCGGCAAACAGUGGAGGCAGCUAAAUAAGCCUUUGAUGAUAAACACUUGAUUGUAACCUCUAUUGUCUGCAGACGAGGUCCGCACCGGCACGUACCGCCAGCUCUUUCAUCCGGAACAGCUUAUCACUGGCAAGGAGGACGCCGCCAACAACUACGCCCGCGGACACUACACCAUCGGCAAGGAGAUCGUCGAUGUCGUCCUCGACAGGAUCAGGAAACUCGCUGACCAGUGCACUGGUCUCCAGGGAUUCCUGGUGUUCCACUCGUUCGGAGGCGGAACCGGCUCCGGCUUCACGUCGCUGCUGAUGGAACGCCUCUCCGUCGACUAUGGCAAGAAGUCUAAGCUCGAGUUCUCCAUUUACCCCGCACCUCAGGUGUCGACCGCCGUCGUGGAACCCUACAACUCCAUCCUGACGACCCACACCACACUGGAGCACUCGGACUGCGCCUUCAUGGUAGACAACGAGGCCAUCUACGACAUCUGCAGGAGGAACCUCGACAUCGAGAGGCCGACAUACACCAACCUCAAUAGGCUGAUUGGACAGAUCGUGUCAUCGAUCACCGCGUCGCUCCGUUUCGACGGUGCCCUGAACGUGGACCUGACGGAGUUCCAGACCAACCUGGUGCCCUACCCCCGCAUCCACUUCCCGCUCGCCACGUACGCGCCCGUCAUCUCCGCCGAGAAGGCCUACCACGAACAACUCACCGUCGCUGAGAUCACCAACGCUUGCUUCGAGCCAGCCAACCAGAUGGUGAAAUGCGAUCCUCGUCACGGCAAAUACAUGGCCUGUUGUAUGUUGUACAGGGGUGACGUCGUUCCUAAGGACGUAAACGCUGCCAUUGCUACUAUUAAGACCAAGAGGACGAUUCAGUUCGUAGACUGGUGUCCAACAGGUUUCAAGGUGGGCAUCAACUACCAGCCCCCCACCGUGGUGCCGGGCGGUGACCUGGCCAAGGUGCAACGCGCUGUGUGCAUGUUGUCCAACACCACUGCCAUCGCUGAGGCUUGGGCCAGGCUUGACCACAAGUUCGACUUGAUGUACGCAAAGCGCGCGUUUGUCCACUGGUACGUAGGUGAGGGUAUGGAGGAGGGAGAGUUUUCCGAGGCUCGCGAGGACUUGGCAGCAUUGGAGAAGGAUUACGAAGAAGUAGGAGUCGACUCCACGGAGGGAGAACUCGACGAGGAGAACGAAUACUAGAGGAGAGACGUGAACGAUUGACUACAAACCUUCAUAGAAGAGAGAAUACUUGACUUGUCUUUUUAGUCGAUUAUGUACUUAAUCGAGCUUUGUGAUAUCUCGUGACUGGCAAUACUUUUGUAUCGAUAAAAUUGGAAUGCACACACAAAUAGACAAGCACUAAGGUCGAGUCGACUAACAAUAAAACUAUUAGUCGAUAACAGUUUGUACUCAACCGUUCUUGACAUGGAGUUUUAUAAUCAUAAUUAUUUUGAACUAAUGCCGUCAGUAAAAUGAAAAUUCUACAAUAAUAUUAGUAUAAGGGAUGCUGAAUUUUAUGAAUGCGUUAACAGUACAAACUUUGAGAAAAUAAACUUCCAAAAAAUGGAACGUUAAGUUUGGACGUCUGUGAAUGGGUAAAAUAUAUUUGCAUUUAUUAAUUUUAAAACAAAUUCGUGAUAAUCUAACAUUCUUGGAGUUAGAUGUAGUUUAUAUAAUUAAUGUAGGCUAACUUAUUGAGAUCUAAUUUUAUGCAUCAGAGAAGUGACUUGUGUGUUUGAGAAUCGUUUAUUUUUAAUGCACAAUAAAGAUUUUUACACAUAAAAA